UGCAUUCAUGGUAUACAAUCCCUCAGGUAUUGCUGGGUUUGGUUUGCUAACACUUUUUUGGGAAUUUCUGUAUGUUCAUGAGGGAUAUUGAUCUGUAGCUUCCUUUUCUUGCAAUGUCUUUAUCUGAAUUUGGUAUCAGGGUAAUAAACAUCUUCAUAAAAUGUGUUUAGACAUGAUCUGUCCUCUAUUUCAGAAAUAGUUUGUGUAUGGGUGUAUCGAUUCUUAAGUAUUUGAUUGAAUUCACCAGCGACUCUAUCUGGGUCUGGGCUUUUCUUUGUGAUACUUUAAAGUAGUAAUUCAAUUUCUUUACAUGUUAUAUAUAGUCUGUUAUAGGCUGAACUAUGUCACCCAAAAAGAUAUGCUGAAGUCUUAACCCCCAGUACCUCAGAAUGUGUUCAUAUUUGGAAAUAGGGUCACUGCAGAUGUAAUUAGUCAAAAUGAGGUCAUACUGGAGUAGACUGAGCUCUUAAUCCUUUAUCACUGGUGUCCUAAUAAUAAGAAGAGGAGACAGACAAAUGAGGAGAGAAUGCCAUGUGUUAUUGGAGACAGAGAUGAAGCUGAUGGAGCUGCAAGCCAAAAAACACCAAGGACUGCCUGCAAACGACCAGAUGCUCGAGUCAAGGAAGGACCCUCCCUUACAAGUUCCAGAGAACUUAGUUCUGUCAACACCUUGAUCUUGGACUUCUAGCCUCCAGAACUGUUCAGCUGUCGGUAUACCUCCCUGGAUUCCUAAAACCUGAGCACGUUUCCCCAUCACUGGGUUGAUAUCAGACCAUGCAGCGGAGAUCAAGAGGCGUUAACACGGGGCUGCUGCUGCUGCUGUCUCAGAUCUUCCAGGUUGGCAUCAACAAUAUCCCGCCUGUCACCCUCGCGACUCUGGCUGUCAACAUCUGGUUCUUCCUGAGUCCUCUGAAGUCGCUGCAGAGCUCCUGCAUCAGCGUGGAGAAGUGUUACCAGCAGAAGGACUGGCAGCGCUUACUGCUGUCCCCCAUUCACCAUGCAGACGACUGGCAUUUGUACUUCAAUAUGGUGUCUAUGCUGUGGAAAGGAAUAAACCUCGAAAGAAGACUAGGAAGCAGAUGGUUUGCCUACGUCGUCACCACAUUCUCCCUGCUCACUGGGGUGGUGUACCUGUUCUUGGAACUUGCUGUUGCAGAAUUUCUGGGUGAACCUGGCUUCCGAAGGAAUUGUGCUGUAGGUUUCUCGGGAGUUUUGUUUGCUUUGAAAGUUCUUAACAACCACUAUUGCCCCGGAGGCGUUGUCAAUGUUAUGGGUUUUCCGGUACCCAACAGAUUUGCUUGUUGGGCAGAACUUGUGGCUAUUCACUUCAUCUCAUCAGGGACUUCCUUCGCCGGGCAUCUGGCCGGGAUUCUUGUCGGACUCCUGUACACUCUCGGGCCUCUGAAGAAAAUCAUGGAAACAUGUGCAGGCUUUUUUUCCUCCAAUAUUGGUUACCCACGACAGCAGUACUACUUUAAUAAUUCAGGCUACUCUGGGUCUCAGGAUUAUUACCCAUAUGGCAGGCCAGGUCACCCCGAGGAGGCCCCCAGGAACUACGACGCGUACACAGCAGGACUGAGCGAAGAGGAGCAGCUGGAACAAGCACUGAGAGCCAGCCUCUGGGACCGAGGAAACAGCAGAAACAGCCCCCCACCCUACGGGUUUCGCCUCUCGCCCGAAGAAGAAAGGAGAAGGCGGCUUCACCGAUUCGACAGCCAAUGAGGAGGCACGGCUUCCGGAGGCACGUGGUCCAGCCGGGGCACGACCGCCCUUUAUUGGGGGGUCCCUCCCCCAAGCCCGUCGUCCACGUUAAACCAAAGCAGAGUGCCCUGUUGCCCCACACCGGUCACAUCUGCCUGGCCGGCCGGCUGGUGGCCCCCCGUGCGUCUCGAUUCACCCACAGACUGACCUUGUCGGCUGCAGCUCACAGCUUGCGGGCGGUGGCCCCUCUCCUGGCCUCGUUUUCCGCCACAGUCAGCAGGUCAUGCCCUGCACGUGGGGACCACUUUCCACCCUCCUUUCUUUCACUGCUGACUCAGGGGUGCCUCCGCCCCGUCUUGGUUUUGGAGACCGUGACCUUCACCAGGAGGCCCGUUCUCACCAGGCCCUCGUUCUGCCCGGCGGGCUCCCUGUUCGACGUGGCGGGACGUGAGGAGCCGUCCCUGGUCCUCCUGGCGCCUUGCCGGGGUGACUUGCCAAGAGUAGGAUGUGGCUUCCCCAGCGGUGUGCGGUCCGAGUCUCCUAUACGUGGGUGCCUGAGCUCCCUGGGUCCCUGCGUCUGGGGGUGUUGACAGCGCCCUUGCUUGCUCUGACAUCGCUCUGCCUUUAGAGAAUGCGUGACUGGAGAAGCUUUAGUAAGACCUCAGCUGGGGAGUCCUCCUGCACACGCCACUGGCUGUCAGGGCGCACCCACAACCUGGGCAGCCUCUUGGUGGCAGGCCGUCUGUGUACCUAGGGUUGUGGCUCGUAUUUCACUAAUCAGCAAAGCAGCACCAGCUGCCACCUGCAGAGAGGAGCAAAGGCGGUCCUCUCUUGAGGAAGUUCCCCCUCCCCCCUCCAAAAGUGCCUUUUAAUGGUCCAAGGUAAUAGCUGCUUGUCCUACUCAAGUGUCCAAGACACUCCCCUGGCCCCUGUGAUGCCAUUAACACAGAGGCUGUCUGUCCAAAUCGUUUAAGAUCUCUUCUGGUGCUUGAAUAAAUGGACAAAGUCAAAUGUCACUGAUGUCUUAUUGUCACUGAGAUACUUAUUUUUAAAGUGUUGGGAGCAGCAAAGGACCUUUCUAUGUGGAUUUAUCUAGACAUUUGUAGAGUUUUCUGGUUAUGAAAGUAAUAUAUAUACACCUUGUAUUUGCAUAAAGCAACCAUGUUAUGGGAGAUAAUAACCCACUUGUUAACAGAGGUUGUUUUUGAGAGGAGUGCCUAGGAUUUUUCUAUCUGUUUCUUUUACAAUUUUAUAUUGGUCUCUUUUAAAAAUGUAUGUAUGUAUAUAUGGUGUAUUAUUUUUGCAACAGGAAAACAGAUUUAUGAAAUAAUAAAAAAUAUAUAAUCAGGAAAAUGGACUUAAUAAGUACUGUCUAUUGAGAAAAUUCACUGCAUAAGCAGAAAUACAAAUAAAGGCACGUACAAUUUUAAAAUCGCCUGUAUGCCCACCCCUUAGAGGUACCCAGGGUUAACAUUUGAAGAGCAUUGCUUUCUCUGUUUUUCUUUAUAUACAUCCAACAGAUUUGGAGCACACCAGCUAUGCAGUUUUGCAUCCAGUUCCUAAUGUGCACGGACCUGGGAAAGGCUUUGACACGUGCAUGUAAAUGAGCGAAGGCAACCACAGGAGACCUGGGGGCACUUUGACCUUCUGACUCGAUACCUGGGCUCCUUGGGUUACUUUACAAUUGAUGUAAAGCUACAGCAUGUUUAUAAUAUGAGUUGUAUCUGUGAGUCUGGUACCUUUAAACAUGUUACGUUCACGCUAAACGUCAUGCCUCUCUCUCCCAAACUCUGAAUUGGACUCAUUUCCCCAUUAGGAGUAACCUCAUUCCUCCACGCCACCUUCUCAGAGCACACUGAAAAAGUAACCUGUUAGGACACUUCUAUCUUGUCAUUAUUAUUUGUGCACAAAGACGUGCCUUCCACACGGGAGCGUGGGUUGUGCGCAUGGCGCUGGGACCAGGCCAGUAUCUUGUCUGUCUUUCUACACUCUCCCCUUCUCCCCUCCCACCACCCAAAGUCUGGUCCUGGCUCCUGGUGGGGGCUUAUUAAACAUUAGUUUCCCACAGAAGUGUUUUUUCUGUUCAUUAAGAGUGCAAUCACUGUCUAGGGGAGUAUUUUUUUAUUGCUGUGUAAUCCAAUAAUAGUAGCUCCUCGCUCUGUUUGACUGGUGAGACAUGAAGACACUGGAAUUGGAUACCUGUAAUGUGACACCUUUAUUACUGAAGCGCAACACCACUAAACUUGAGAGAGAUGGGAAGUAAUUUCAGUUAUAAAUAUAAACCAUUAUUUCCACAACAGUCAAGGUGUUGUGGAAAUUAUUGUACUUUGUUCAGUUCAUAGCCUUGCCUGUAACCAGGGCUUGUUAUUUUCAAUGUCCAUCUUAUUUUUUUCCUACAAUAAGGAAUCCCCAAAGUUAAGCCAACAAACUGGAAUUGGGUUGCAAAGGCAAACAAAAGUGUAUUAGACUAAUUCUCUCUAAUAGGGGAUGAACAUUUAGAGCUGCUUUUUAAAAUUUUAAAUUUUACCUCUUUGCUUAACAAUAAUUUCCUGAUUGUCUGUUAACUAUCUGCUUCUCACAGUUUGAUUGUGGUCAGUCGACUUACAAAACCUCUUAAUUCAGAAACUUGGUUCUCAAGAUGAGGGAGUAGUUAAAAUUGCUUGCUCUUAAUGAGCUUGAAUGUAUUGGUGUGAUUGCAAAGUCAUAUAUGACUGUCCAAGUCUCGUCCAUCUUUUUAAGUUGUCUGCAGUGGAGGCUCAGACCAAGCUGUGAGUGUCUGGUUUUAGUAGGAUCAGGGCCAGGCUACGUAUUUGGCAUGUGUUCUGCCGCCCGAGGAGUGAGUUAGCUAAAGGGAUGAGGUCUGGCACAAAAACGGACUGUAAGACAGAGGGAAUGUCUGACCAGGCUUAGAUUCUCUUGAGAGAUUCAGUAUUUAGUAAAGAAUUGUAUUCAAUUAGUCAUUUUUUAAAAAACCUAUCUUUUCCUUUCCCUUCCAUGGAUUAUUACGGUCAUUUCCUAAUUUUUUUUUUGGGGGGGGGGCCCUAGUCUUUCAUUUUAGAAUCACAGACUCUGCUAAGAAGGACCUUAACAUUUCUGAGUUCAUCACUGUGCUCAAUACUUAAAAUACCCCUUCACUCACUUCUAAAUAGCUCUGCCAGUUACUCUUCCAAAAGGAACUCUUGCGAUGCCACUUCCACCGCAGUGCCUUUUAUUGUCUCUGUUACCAAAGGAUAAAGGUCAAACUCUUUAGCCUUGACGGUGAGGCACCAACCAGCCUUUUGCCUCAUCCCCGCUUUCCAUGCAUCUGGACUUCUGCUACCUGGUCUCACCGCCCAAGCUGUGAGCUUUCCUGAUCCUGUGACUUAAUUUGCGAUGUGCUCUUCCAUGGAACGGACUUCUCCUCUCUCCACCCACCCAGGUCCUCCCUGCCCUGCCCCAGACACCACAGCCCAGGAUGGCCUUGCCCCCAUCAGGGGUCUUCAUCACAGGCAGCUUGGAAUUGCUGGUUAUGCUCAGUGAGAGGAAGUCUCUCUCUAGAUUGUAAGCUUCACGAGGGCAGGGACCCUGACCGUGUGUCUGUGUAUCUCCUUGGAGUACUUUGAACAAUGCUUUGUCUGGAAUGUCAGAACCAAUCAAUGUGGAUUGAAACAGAAAGAAACUCGUUUCUGCCAUCACCAGUGA